AUAAAUAAAUAAAAUUCUAUUCGAAUUAACAAAAUAUAUAAAGAUUUUCUAAAACUUUUAAAAUAAUAAAAACCUCUCAUAAUUAUGGGAAACUGCCUUACUAGUACAACAGUUGUUAACUAACCAAAUACCUAAACUCUCAAAGAAGCAGAGGAAAGAGAAUUUGAAGGCGAAGUUACUUAUGUAAGGCCUUUUUAUAAGGGUAUUGUUGUGAGAUCUGCUCCUACUGUUGAGCAAUUAGAGAAGAUAUUUUUAAUGGAAGAAGAAUAAAAAAGAAUUAAAAAAUAGUAAAAAUGA